GACAGCGAGCCCAGCAACUUGCCUUGGUGAUCCACGGCAUUCAAGAGAAAGGCAAUCUGGAAUUUAUAGCGCAAAAGAGACAGAGGCAAUGCGGAAAUAGGUGGACAGUUCAUGUCACCGAGUUUGCAUCCCACUCCCAGGCUGAGGAUCUGAGAGUUCGCGGGGAUUGCAAUUAAGUGACAAGAAUUAUUUUUAUUUUCCUUCCUUUUCUCAGCGCUUAAAAUUACCAGCUUUAAACUACACUUCGCGGAGGAUUUGAAGCAUUCUUUUGCAUUUGACAUUGGGCUGAGAAGAAAACAGAUUAUACCUGAGGAUCAAAGCAACACUUUUUUUUCUUGUGAGCAUCAACAUGGACGUGUUGGCGAAUUACAGUAUUUUUCAGGAACUUCAGCUGGUGCACGACACGGGCUACUUCUCGGCGAUGCCGUCGCUGGAGGAGAACUGGCAGCAGACAUGUCUGGAACUGGAGAGGUACCUACAGACGGAGCCCAAAAGGCUUUCGGAACUCUUCGACGAGGAGCUCGACUGCCUCCUAACGCCAGCCUUCAUGAAGGGAGACAGCGACGAGGACCUGAUGGACCCCCUGCUGCCCGGUUUAUCCAAUGAGCCUAGCCCGCCACCUCUGCUCGUAUCCUAUCCCAAAAACCUUCAUACCCCAGCCAACACCAAGAAUACCAAGGCAGGGCUGAAAGAAGCCAGCGGAGGGGUUAAUCCCGCCCAGCUAAACGCAGUCACGUCCCUCACGCCGCCUUCCUCGCCGGAGUUGGGACGCCAUCUUGUCAAGCCUACGCAGACUCUUACCGCCACAGCCGAUGGCACGCUCACGCUGAAAUUGGUGGCCAAGAAAGUCGGUCUUGGGGCGGCAAAGGUGGUGGCGACACAUUCGCUACCUUCGCCACCAAAUCGCGGCGCACAGAGCGACGGAGAGGGAGGACUGGGAACGGUAGGCGGAGGGGACAUUCCAGAGAACAAAAAGAGGGUCCAUCGUUGCCAGUUUAAUGGCUGUAGGAAGGUUUACACAAAAAGCUCCCACCUAAAGGCACACCAGAGGACACAUACAGGUGAGAAGCCUUACAAAUGCUCCUGGGAAGGCUGUGAAUGGCGUUUCGCACGAAGCGACGAACUGACGAGGCACUACCGCAAACACACUGGUGCCAAACCUUUCAAGUGCAACCACUGCGACAGAUGUUUUUCCAGGUCUGAUCACUUGGCUUUGCACAUGAAGCGACAUAUCUAAGGCCAAGGGAGACGGGAGAGAGAGAGUGAGAGAAAACGAGUGAGAACGAAGAGGAGAACAGGUGUGCACCGCCCAGACGGGAACAUUCACAACAGACUUUGAGUGCACAUGAGGGGUCUGGCCGCAAACAUCACCAGGAGGAACAUGUGAGGCAGCGUGGGCAAACGUUGUUGGAUUCUAAAAGUCUUUUCAUCAGCGAUUAGCCAUGCCUUACCGAGUGCUAGCUUGAAGGUCAGACACGGCCAAACACCACCGUUUUUUUUCCGUCAUUCUCUUUGUGUACAGUAAAUCAAUCAUUAGCAUGGAACGGAUACUCAACGCUACAUGUAUAAAACCGAAACGCACAUGCCAUUCAUCACGUAACAACGGUUCUACUAGAGAAUCAUGUUCAUUGUACAUUCUGGAACUUCCUUUUUCUUUUUCCAAGGACACAUCACAAUAACCAACCUGCAGCUAUGUCGUAUACAGCAAACAACCAAACACGGAAAACAACAUUGCCAAUACGUUCUGAGGAGAGACCAAUGGAACAAGCGGCCAAAUGCAACGCCCGGCCCCCGAAUUAGGCUCUGCGUGGGAAAAAAUAAAAAACAAAAAGAUACGGCAACGCUCAGGAUGUGUGCUGACUUCUCGUACUCUUCGCUCAAGAGCGAACUCUUCUCUGCUCUUCACGCCCGUCACCUCACGGGCGACCAAAAUGAUGCGCAGCGACACUUUCUUGCCUUUGUUUUUUUUUUUAAAGACAGUGUUAAAAAGAUGGUUUGUUUUCCUUCUGAGCUGAAAUGUCUUAAACUUCUGAAAAGUAAAAACUUGCUUUGUGAACAAGCAUAAAUGUGCACAUACGGGCAACGGGAGGGAACUGUGAGCCCUUCUCAGUAUGCACAAGGUUCAGUGACUGCUAUCUGGCACUGAAAGGAAACGUUUGAAGCAUAAGACGGGAACAAAAACCCCCCAAAAAAGAUCGGGAUUGCUGGCUUGGUAUGAAAGGACAGAAGUCUUCUGUUUUUCAUUUUGCUUUGCUCUGAUUUGAUCCGGGAAAAACUAACCAGAGCAUGUCGGCACGGACCUUGUGUGUCGCUCUUGACACUGGAAAAAGUUAUUUUGUUUUGUGUUGAUACUGGCACCCGUGUAAGAACGUAGUAGUCCGGUGCCCCGGAGGAAGCCAGUGGAGGAGGCAGCUGGCAGGACGUUUGACUCUCAGAUUGGAGCACCUGCUGGGAUCAGGAUGCGAAAGAACUUGAUGGCAUCAGCCCAGACAAACUUUGCCUGUUUCGUAUCCAUUGUCUGCACUGAUUUUUUCAAUGUUCUCUGUGCUUUUUUUCAUACAGUCAAAAAAAGCUCAAAAACAAAAUAAAAAAGCAUAAAAACAAAAAACUACUCG